AUGAAAGCUCUCGUUUUACAAAAAGGUGUUAAAAAUGAUGAGUCUAUGUAUCAUGAUGUGAUUCUUAGGGAAGUUCCCGUUCCCACUUUGAAUCCUAAUAAUGAUGAAGUUUUAAUAAAAUUACAAGCGGUAUCUUUUAAUCAUCGUGAGGUUUGGAUAAGAAAAGGAUUAUAUCCAGGAAUAAAAUUUAAUUCUAUACUUGGGAGUGAUGGUGUUGGAAUAGUACAAGCAACGUCACGUAGUGAAUUUUCUCACCUUGUUGGUCAAAAAGUUGUUAUUAAUCCAGGAUUUGGUUGGGAAAAGGAUCCAAAAGGUCCUGAAAGUAAAUAUGCGAUACUUGGAUUAUUACCUUUACCUGGAACCUUUGCUGAUUGCACCGUUGUUCCUCGUGCCGAAAUAUUUCCUGUUCCUAAACAUCUAUCCUCGGCGGAAGCUGCCGCUCUUCCAUUGGCUGCAACCUUUGUAAAAGCCAAUGUUCAACCAGGAGAAAACGUACUGAUCACGGGAAUUGGGGGUGGCGUUGCUUUGACGGUGUUGAACUUUGUCUCAAGGAUAGGUGCAAAUGCGUAUGUCACAUCUUCAGAUGAGUCCAAGAUUAAAAAAGCUAUCGAGCAAUUAGGCGCGAAAGGAGGUGUCAACUACAGAGAAGAUGAAUGGCCAACGUUGCUAAAAACUCUUUUGCCUAAUGAUCGUCCAUUCUUGGAUUCCGUGAUUGACGGUGCAGGAGGUGAAAUUGCCUCUCAAACUGUGAAACUUUUACGUCCAGGAGGUAUUAUAAGUUGUUAUGGCAUGACAUCGGUUCCAGCUAUAAAAUUCCCAAUGAGCGCAGUGCUCAAAAAUAUUGAACUUAAAGGUUCCACUAUGGGCAGCAGGGAAGAAUUUGAGAAAAUGUUAAAUUUUGUUGAGGAAAAAAAAAUUAGGCCUAUGAUUAGCGGCGUUUGGCAAGGAUUCGAACAUACUCCAGAAAUUUUUGAAAUCAUGAAUAAGGGCAAACAAUUCGGUAAAUUAGUAAUCGAAUUACCCCAAAAUAAUGUACAAAAGCUUUGA